CGGAGGGCUGUUGUGUCUCUGACGGAGUGACUCCACGGCACAGUUCUCUGCAGCUCUGUCCGGUCCACACCGCUCUCUACAGCUCUAUCCAGUCCACACCGCUCUCUACAGCUCUAUCCAGUCCACAACGCUCUCUACAGCUCUAUCCAGUCCACACCGCUCUCUACAGCUCUGUCCAGUCCACAACGCUCUCUACAGCUCUAUCCAGUCCACACCGCUCUCUACAGCUCUGUCCAGUCCACAACGCUCUCUACAGCUCUAUCCAGUCCACACCGCUCUCACCAGCUCCAGGGGAAAGAGACUGGUAUAGUCUCUCCUCUCUACAAAGAUGAACCUCUUCUGCUUCUCUCUGGAGGGUUCUAUGGACAGUCUGUAUGAGGCUGUGCAGGACUCCAGUGAUGCCCAGGUCUACACCAUCCCCUGCCGUUCCUCCAGCCGCUCCUGUAGCCCCUCCGUGUUGCUGGAUGAAAACCCCAAGUCGCGCGGCUCGGGACGAUCCAUCUCCAUGGAGAUCUCCCAAAUGCAGAACAACAACACUAAAAAGAAGAAAAGAAGAACACAUGUAUCCAAAUCAGCAUCAGAAAACGGAACUUUAGAUCACACAGCUGCCGGCUGCAAUACUGCUCUCUGGCUGCCCGCCAAAGUCUCUCCAGAAGAUGAUUUAGAUUUUUUCCACAUCAAGAACAAUCAAAACGAAGAGCUGGUCAAACCCAUGCUCAGAACUGAGGUCCAGGCCAAAGCCACAAUCAGAACCGAUGUCAAGACCAAAGGGGGAAGAGGAGUAUGCAAGUCGAGAAUAAAGAAGAAUGAAAAGCCACCAACCCCACCAAUACCACCAACUCAGAUGGUGAGUUACGAGGGGUGGGCUCAGAACCCAGACAGGCCCAACAGCAGGCAGAGAGACCUGAUUGUCCAUGCCAACCGGGAAGUGGCCAAGCCCAGAGUGCCAAUCAAAAGGAGUCCAAAGCCUGGGAAUCAAAAGACUGGGAGUCAGAAGACUUGGAAGAAAGGGAGCGCAAAAAAUGGAAAAGAAGGGGCCAAGAAAAAUCAGGACACCACACGGAAUAAGGAACUCAGAAAAUCUCCCACAGACAAUGACACUUAUGCAGGGCCCAUACCAGUGAUAGCAGGACCCUAUCUCGAUGUGGUCCGGAGGUCAGCUCCUGGUUGUGAGUCUGUACUACCAUCAGCCCAGGAGAAUGCUACCCUAGCCCCGGGGGCCACGGAGCUGAGGACCGGGCCUGGAGGCCCUGGAGCUCAUCCUAGGAACCAGCGCUGGAGUAACCCAGCUGAGAACGCUCAGGCCUGGGGGACGUCCUACCACAUCUGCCGCAGGCCCCUCACAGAGUACCCCGUUUAUGCCCAUGACUACACCCUGCCCCGGGCCAAGGACUGGGACAAGCACCAGGGGCUGGCCCAAUAUGGAAGCCUGAAACGGGACCCCUCGCCCCAGGGUGUCCCCAUCUCUGUUACUGAUGGGGACCUCUGCAACCCCAAUCGCUCCACCAGUUUUGGACGAUUUGACGGCAUCAGACAACCAUCACCAGCCAGACUAGAGGAAAAUGUAACAUCAGUGGCAGAGGAGUCUGGAUGUGAGGGUUCUGAUCAGACCAAACAAGGCAGCCUGGGGAAGAAGAUGAAGGCCAUCUCUCUGACCAUGCGCAGGAAGAUGGGCAAGAAGCACUCCAAAACCUUCUCUGCGGAAGCUGGUGAGGACACUGACAGGGACCUAGAAGAGGAAAAAGAGAGAGGUCAUCCUUUAGAGAAAGGUCCUGAAAAGACCAGAAACUCUCUGGAGAGCCUCUACAGCGGACAGAGUUCCUCCAGCUCAGGUGGUGUGGCCAGUGUCUCAGAUGGCUCCAGUACCAGAGACAGUCUGAGACUAGAAGAGGACGGCUCCUACAACGGACACUUCUGUGGUAGAGCACGCGUCCACACAGACUUUGUUCCCAGCCCAUAUGAUACUGACUCCAUCAAACUCAAGGUUGGAGACAUUAUCAGCAUCAUCAGUAAACCUCCCAUGGGCAUCUGGACGGGGAUGCUGAACAACAAAGUGGGCAACUUCAAGUUCAUCUACGUUGACGUGGUCAUGGAGAAAGAGAGAGAGGAGGAGGCGCCAAAGAUCAGGCCUCAGAGGAUGAGCAAGAGACCACGACCAAAGACACUACUGGAACUACUGGAGCGUCUUCAUCUAGAGGAGUAUGCAUCUGCACUGCUUCUGAAUGGCUACCAGACAGUAGAGGACCUGAGGCACCUGCAGGAGAAACACCUUAUAGAGCUGAACGUGAUGAAUCCAGAACACAGAGGCAGGCUGCUGGCUGCUGUCAACUGCAGAUAUACAGAGAGCGAUGAUGUGAGGGAGAGUGAGGAGCCCUCUUCAUCACACAGCCUGAAGGAGGAGAAGAGCGACUGUCCCAGAGAUUCAGGUUGCUUUAUUCUAUCAGAGUGCUCUGAAAACAUCAAAGAGGACACAGAGAGCCAACCAGUCACACACUGAUAGGCUGCACUAUCCUAAUUAACAUACGGUUACCGGUACAAAGAGUUAGUUAACUAUUACGUUUUGACAUGUAAAUUACGAUGGCUCACCAUGUUUGUCUUGUCUGUAUUUGGUUUAACAAGAUGGGAUUUCAUUAAUUAAAUGUUAAAUGUAGGCUAUUUUUCUUAAAAUCGAUGAAUUUGUUCCUCCUUACAGGCCUUCAUUUAUGCACCUUUUUCUCUAACCUAUUCAUUCACAUAAAGCACAGGUGUCAAACUCAUUCCACGGAGGGCUGAGUAGCUGCGGGUUCUCGCUCCUCCCUUGUACUUGAUUGAU